AUGUCAAACAACAACAACAAUUCAGAAUGCAAGUGCUCUAAAUGCUCUUCCAAUAGCAUGGGAUUUGUUUUGGUGUCUACCCAAACACUCAGAAGACAUGCACAACAGGAUAUCGUGAGACAAUAUCAGUCAGGAUCUUCUUCCUCAGUUAUAGAAGUAAUGUCAAAUGACAAUGACAUGGAGAUUGACUUUGAAGACAAUGUUGAUGCCGAAGAUCAAGUUGAAGCCAAAGACUUACCUCUUUUUGGCAUUGAUUCCUUGUUUGAUUCUGAAAGCGAAGAUGAGGGUGUCAUUGAAGCAACCAUUUUGGAUAUUUCUGACGAUGAAUCUGAUGAUGUUAGAGAGCACUUUUCUUCAUCCAAUAUGCCAGUCGAUCCUACUCAUGCUUUCAUUGCUUCUUUUGCUGCCUUCUUCAUAUCCAAAUAUGUUGUCAAUUCUGGUGGUGCUGUUCUGUUAAAGUUUCUUAACGAAGUAUUGGCACACUUUGGACAGUCUUUCCGUCUUCCCCUCAGUAUAAACGGUGUCAACUCUAUGACCGGUCUCAGCGACGUGACUUGA